AUGGAUAAACUGAAGUCGGUGCUGAGCGGUGAGGAGGCUCGCAAAGACGACAGAACCAUCAUGCAGACUGUGAAUGAAGCCUCCACGUUGGGCUGGGGGACUCGAGUGAAGGGGUUCGUCGCCUGUUUCGCAGUGGGGGGCGUGUGCACACUGCUGGGAGUCUGUCUGCUCUUCAUCCCCAGGAUCGGUCUCACUCUCUUCAUUGUUUUCUACACGUUUGGAAACCUAUGUACUCUGGGCAGCACCAUGUUCCUGAUGGGGCCAAUGAAGCAACUGAAGAGGAUGUGUGACAAAACAAGAGCUCUGGCCACCGCGAUUAUGAUUACUUGCCUCGUGUUGACUCUCUGCGCUGUCUUCUGGUGGAAGAACUUUGGACUCGCUUUGUUAUUUGUCAUCUUGCAAGUCUUGUCGUUCGCCUGGUACAGUCUGUCGUACAUCCCGUUUGUGAGGGAUGCCAUAAUAAAGCUGGUGGCGGUGUGCGUGUGA